AUGGCUACGGAAGACUCCAGUUCUCUCUCAGAUAUAGAGGGAAUAGAAAAUCAUGAUCAGAACGUUCUACAGAAGCAUGUCAUGUUCUUUGAUCGAAAUAAAGAUGGUAUUAUUUACCCCUCAGAAACUUUUCAAGGGUUUCGAGCAAUUGGUUGUGGGUAUUUGUUAUCUUCAUUUGCUGCCAUUUUCAUUAACGUCGGUCUCAGUCGAAAAACUAGACCUGGGAAAUCCUUUUCUCUGCACUUCCCGAUUGAGGUGAAAAAUAUCCACUUGAGCAAGCAUGGGAGUGAUUCCAGCGUCUAUGACAAACAAGGAAGGUUUGUUCCAUCAAAAUUUGAAGAGAUAUUCGUCAAGCAUGCAAAAACUCAUCCAAAUGCCUUGACUUCAGAUGAAUUGAACGAAUUUCUCAAGUCCAACAGGGAGCCAAAGGAUUAUGCAGGAUGGCUGGCAGGCUUCUCGGAGUGGAAAAUCCUAUAUCUCCUUUGCAAGGAUGAGCACGGCUUGCUGAAGAAAGAUGUAGUCAGAGCUGCCUAUGACGGAAGCCUGUUUGAACAAAUGGAGAAGGAUAAAGAAUCUAAGAAGAAAGCCGUUACUUCUGAUGUGUAA